AGUCUGGAGAAAGCAUCUCGAUCAUGACGUUGAAGUUGCGCCUAGCCUCGGUCUUUGACAAUCCCAAUUGCCUGCUGGGCCGCAGGAAUCGGAAUCAGUUUUUGGUUACCCUGCUGGUGAACAUAGCCACCUUCUCGCAUGGAUUGGGCGUGGGUUGGAUGUCGCCGGUGAUGAGGGAUCUGCAAACUGAAGAUUCGCCCCUCGAUUUUCCCGUUCUCGUGGAUGAGGUGUCCUGGAUAGGAUCCCUCGUGGGCAUCGGCAGCGUGGUGGGCAAUCUGCUGGCCGGGUUUCUUCAGGAUCGCAUUGGUCGCAAGCUGGUGCUGUUCUUUAUAGCCCUGCCCUACACGAUCUUCUGGUGCCUGGUGUACUUCGUCCAGAGCGUGGAGUUCCUCUACAUCGGUCGACUGAUGGCCGGAAUGACCGGUGGCGCCUGUUACGUCGUCCUGCCGACCUUCAUUAGCGAGAUAGCCGACAGCAACGUUCGCGGUCGCCUCGGGUCCAUUAUCUUACUAUCGGUGAACACGGGCGUACUGGCGGGCUAUAUUGUUUCUUCAAGUGUGGAGUACUUUACAUCUCCGCCGUUUAUUAUCGCCCUGCCCGUUUGUUAUUUCAUCUGUAAUUUUCUGUUUCCUGAGACCCCACAUCACCUAAUUCGCAAGGGCAAAUUCGAGGCGGCCAAAAGAUCGUUUAUGUUCUACAAGAACAUCAGGAGAGAUGAUCUCAAGGCGGAGAGUGAGUUUGAGGAACUCAAGUAUCUGCUGACCAAGGAGCAGACCGAGAAGGGAAAAUCAUUUGACUAUAGGGAUUUUAUUACCAAACCGGCAUUCAAGGCCUAUGCUUCGGCUGGUGUCCUGCUGAUCUGCAAUCAAUUCAGUGCCAGUUUCUGUGUGACCACCUAUCUAUCCGACGUCUUCGCGGCAUCGCACACCACUUUGAACCUGAGUAUGUGCACCAUCAUCAUCGGAGUCCUGCAGAUCGUGGGCAACUAUGUGACCACCCUGCUGUGCGAUAAGUACGGCCGGAGGAUCCUCAUGCUGACCUCCACUUCGGGGGCUUCUGUUUGCCUGCUGGCCUUCGGUAGCUUCACCUACUUUGCGAAUAGAACUGAUCUCUCCGUGGUUGGAUGGUUACCACUUCUGAUCCUAUCCUUUUUCGUACUAUUCUGCAACAUUGGCAUGGUGGGAUGCCUCUUUGUGGUUCUCGUGGAGCUUUUUCCAGCCAAGAUACGAUCUGUGGGCGUCUCCACCUUUGUGGUCAUCCUGAGCAGCACCGUGUUCCUCACUUUGAAAAUCUUCCCCAUCUGCAUGGCUGUUUGGGGCAUCUCAGUGACCAUGUGGUGCUGUAGUGGCAUUACGUUCGCCGGCUUCCUCUACUUCCUCUUCUUUCUGGAGGAGACCAACGGCAAAUCGCUACUGGAGGCUUAGAUGUUGUUUACUCCAAAAGAUAAUGGUUUAUCAAAUACUGUCGCACCUGGGGCGAUUAGCCUAAGCCAGUAUGCUAUCUUUACGGCCAGAGGAUACUCGGAAAGUCGGAUACUUAAGCCGAUUCCCCGGUGAAAAGCCCUUUCAGUGAUCAGCGAUAUCUGGCCAAUGCAAGACUGAAUAAAGAUCGGUGUGGUGUUUUAUUUAAA